GCUUGGACUCCGGGGCACGAAAGCUCUCCCAUAUGGGGAAAAGGAAUCUUGCCACGCAUUCCCUGCUUUUAGAAGGAAUUAACAAUUGUGACCGGCACACGGAGGUGGCAUUUAGGCCGAGGAGUAGAAAGUCGCGUAGUAGAUGGUGAGAGAAAGCAGGAUGAAAGGUGAGCGAUCUACUGACGGCGCUGUGGUGUUCAGGUGUUCCGGUUCUUGCGCAUCGUCGCGGAAUCGGAAGAGAUUGUUUUUUUUUGUUUUGUUUCUAUUUCUGUUUUCUUUACUUUAAUGUAUUGAAGUUUAAUCUUAGGUUCGGCAUGCGAGUUGAGACAGAAGGAGAAGGAGAUGAUUGAGUACGAAAACAUGGAUUCAUAAAGAUGGCCGUAGAGCCAUUUGUUGAGCGUCGAGUUGAGGAAGUACUUAGUAAUGCUCUAGCUUAUUUUUUAAUGAAUUGAAGUGCCUUUCGAAAGAUUCCGAGAACUCUCGCCGAGGAAGUCGCUACUUUAAGUAGAAUAAUUCACGAUGCAGUCACGAUUGUUUUCCCUGUUUCGAGGUGGAAUAAAUGGUUGCACUUGCAAUUGAAUCUUCGUAGGUGUCUAAGCUGUAAUUUGACCUUGUAAUUACCUCUCUUUGUUAGUUGUUUUAUCAACUCCCGAAUUGUGCGCUCGAUUACUUGCUAGUAGCUCUUCGUUCAUCUCCGAAGGCUGACUUGAUUGUAUGUUUCUGAAGUAAGGGCUACGCGCUCUCGAAUUCGAUCGAGAAACCUUGAAGAGUGGUAGUAUUUAUUGAACGCUUCGAUUUCGGUUAGUUUGGUCUACUAAGGGAGCCCUGUAGGAGGAGUCUGAGGAGGAAACAGUUUGCUGUCCACAUUUGAAACGGCACCGCGAAAUUGGGAACCACUACAAGAUGGGGAAAAUUGAGUACGUAGUGAGGGUGGAGAAGGAGGAGGUUGGCGUCGAUGGUGACCCAUCGAAGGGACAUGUCUAUAGAAGCUUGUUUGCAAAAGAUGGCUUCCCCCCUCUUCCUGAAGGAAUUUCUACGUGCUGGGAUAUUUUCGAGCGAUCCAAAGUCAAAGGUCCUGGCAAUAACAUGCUCGGAGUUCGUGAGAUGAAGGAUGGAAAAGUAAGGGCUGGGGCAUACGUGUGGAAAUCCUAUGAGCAAGUGUAUGAUAAUGUUCUGCAAAUUGGUUCAGCAAUGCGAUAUGUGGGAGUCAAUCCGAAAGGCCAUUGUGGGAUUUAUGGCAUGAACUGUCCAGAAUGGUUCACUGCUAUGGAGGCUUGCAAUGCGCAAAGUAUUGUUUGUGUUCCUCUUUACGAUACUCUUGGAUUGACAGCAGUGGAAUAUAUCUUAAAUCAUGCAGAAAUCGAAAUUGCUUUUGCGCAAGAAACCAAACUUCCUUUGAUCAUGAAGUCUCUCCCCAACUGCACUACAUUUUUGAAAACCUUAGUUAGUUUUGGGGCCGUUACAAGUGAUCAAAGAUCUAAAGGUCAGGAUGCGGGAGUCACGAUCUACGCUUGGCAAGACUUCUUGGAUCUGGGGAAAAAGAACAAAUGUGACGUGACGCCACCAAAGAAAGAGGAUUUGUCAACGAUCAUGUAUACUAGUGGGACCACAGGGGAGCCAAAAGGUGUAAUGUUGACUCACGAAAACGUCGUGAAUACUAUUGCGGGACUUGAUUGGUAUCUGAAAUCUCUGAAUGAAGUGAUGAAUAAAGACGAUGUUUAUUUCUCAUUCUUGCCAUUGGCGCAUAUAUUUGAUAGAGUAGCUGAGGAGAUGUUUGUUUUUAUUGGCGGUUCUAUUGGAUUCUGGCAAGGGGAUAUCAAGAAGGUACCUGAAGACAUCAAAGAAUUGAAACCAACAUUGUUUGUUGGUGUUCCUCGUGUCUUCGACAGGCUAACUACAGGAAUUCAAGAAAAAAUUGCUGCUUCAGGUAGAAUAAAAAAUUGGCUCUUCCAGAUUGGAUUCUCCAUGAAGUUGUUUUGGUUAAAGAAAGGAUAUAAGCAAGAUCAGGCAUCGCCAUUCUUUGAUAAGCUGGUCUUCGAUAAGGUGAAAAUGGGUCUUGGUGGACGCGUAAGGCUUGUCAUAUCUGGAGCUGCACCACUGUCUGGGCAUGUAGAGAAGUUUUUGCGGGUCAUAAUGUGUGCACCUGUCAUGCAAGGAUAUGGUUUGACUGAGACGUGUGCUGCAAGUUUCCUCCAAGUUCCGGAUGUCAUCUCCAUGAAUGGCACUGUGGGCCCUCCACAACCCAUUAUUGAUGUGAGGCUGGAAUCUGUUCCGGAGUUAGGUUAUGAUGCCUUGAGGGAGGAUUCUCCUCAAGGAGAAAUUUGUAUUCGUGGAAAGACACUGUUUUCUGGAUAUUAUAAACGACCGGAGCUCACGGAGGAGGUUCUUAUCAAUGGUUGGUUUCACACAGGCGAUAUUGGAGAGUGGCAAAAAGAUGGUGCUUUGAAGAUUAUUGAUCGCAAGAAGAACAUCUUCAAGCUUUCUCAAGGAGAAUACGUUGCAGUCGAAAACCUUGAAAAUGUGUACAAUGAGUCCUCCUCUGUUGAUGCGAUUUGGGUUUAUGGAAACAGUUUCGAAUCGUUUCUGGUGGCUGUAGCAGUCCCAAAUCAACAAGCAUUAGAGAAUUGGGCUAAUUCCAAUGGAGAGGAGGGAGAUUAUGCCACUCUAUGCAAGAGUCCUAAGGCACAGAAAUUCAUCUUAUCAGAGCUGACAAACAUGGGCAAGAAGAAAGGGCUGAAAGGUUUUGAGUUCAUCAAAGCGGUGCACUUAGAUUCUCAACCGUUCGAUGUAGAACGUGAUUUGACAACUCCUACAUUUAAACUUAAACGACCGCAACUCUUAAAAUACUAUCAGAAGGAGAUUGACGUUAUGUAUAACAAGAUAAAAUCGAACUCCUGAAGGUUAAUAUGUCAUGAUCUGAAAUAAUCGCGCUAUGCGUCAUUAGAUGUAGGCGUAUCUACAUAUAUAGCCUAACUUUUAGCUUUUAGAUACCCCAUAGUAGGCUGGAGGUGUACAGAAUUAACUUGAUAGUGGCUUCACUGGCGUUACUAUACAUCUGAGUGAUUGUAAUCCACAAGUGGAUGUAUGAAAAUAUGUGUAUAUAUAUACACAUAAAUAAUACUUGAUGUUGUGUAAUUUUGUUGUUA